GCAAAAUCGUGUUCUUCCAAUUUGUAAUUCCUUGAGUACCAAUGGUAAUGCGUUUGUGAUGGACGCGCCAUGAGCACUAUCACUUUCAACACAACAUUCAUUGAAAAAAAAGAAUAGUAACUGCAAGAACUGAGAUUUAACCUUUUCCUCUAUUAGCUCAUCAUUAAAGACAAAAACAUUUCCAACACCCUUCUCUCUGUGCACUAUUCCUCUACCUUUAUGCUUACACAAGCACACAAUUAACAAAAUAUGAAGCCUGUGGUCCACACCCUUCUUUUCUUCCCUUCUGCUUCCUAUAAACUCCCUCUUUCACUUCAUUGCUCCCAAAAAGUUCUUCCUCUGCAACAACAACACCCUUUUCACCAUUCUCCACCCUUUUGCACACAAUGGAGGCCAGGACUCUGGAGAGGAAGAGAUCACUGCUUGAGAGGGUCAGAAAGAAUGUGGAAGAGGAACUGGAGAAUGAAGUUGAGGAGGAGGAUGAAAGUGGAGCUACUCUCACUGAAGAAGAGAAAAAAAGAGGGCUUGGUAGCAGCAAUAGUGGUGGUGGGAGAAGAGGGUCAAGUGGGGCUGCUGCUGCUGCUGCUGGAGGAGUUUCUCCACCUUCAUGUCAAGCAGAGAGGUGUGGUGCUGAUUUGACUGAUGCAAAGAGGUACCAUCGCCGCCACAAGGUCUGUGAGUUUCACUCCAAAGCACCUGUUGUGGUGGUUGCAGGUCUGAGACAGAGGUUCUGCCAGCAAUGUAGCAGGUUCCAUGAUCUGGCGGAGUUUGAUGAGUCUAAGAGAAGCUGCCGGAGGCGGUUGGCCGGACACAAUGAACGGCGCCGGAAAAGCAACCCUGAGGCUGCCAAUGAGAGCAGCAGCAAAGGCCAUCACCACCCUAAGGAAACAACACAGUGCAGAAUUCAGAUGAACCUUCCAGGGAGUUCUGGCUACAAGUCUUUCAACAUCAGAUGAAGCAAAAAUGUUCACCAAGCUCUCUCUCUUCUGUCACCCUUUGGUUUCUUACAAGCCAAGUCAUAUAAUAAAAGGACCACUUUGUCUGUUCACAUGAACAAGAACCAAACCAAAACAAACUUCCAACAUCCAAAGCUUCUCUGCUAUAUAUGCAAUGCAAGCCACUUUCCUCAGCUCUAUGUUCUCUUAUUUAGAUAGUGCCUUUAGUUUCUGUUUUCCUUACCAUUGUUAUCCUAUUGAAGCACCAUUGCAUGGUGAGAUCUUAUCUUCCAUUGGAUUAAAAUAAAAAGCUAUUGCAUCUUUGUAUUUGGAUUA